GGAUUGAAAACUGUGUUUGUGAAAAGAAUAGUGAACGUCCUGAAAACUGAUUAACUCACGCUUGGAUUAACUUUUGAUUUGACCACAGCUGCAAUUGAAAUCGAUGUAAUUAGAAUUCCAGUGGUUAAACAGAGCGACCGGGAAUCCCGAAGGCCAGCGGCAGAAGACGGACGACAACUCGGAGACAGUGGCAAAUACCUAAGCAUGCUGCAGAAUCCUUCCAAAUAUCACGCAAAUCCCUUGUCGCACUUCCUGGCAUUGCAUAACACACAAGCCAGUGGCGGCGGCAGCGGCAGCGGCGGGGGAUCGGCGGUUGCUGGACUUGGAGGACUGGGUGGGGGCAUCCAUGCACAUGGUCAACCGCAUCAUGCGGCGCUGGCAGCGGCUGCAGCAGCGGCGGUCGCCGCCUCGGCGGGUCAGAGUUCAUACCAAAUGGAGCAGCAGCAGCAGCAGCAGCAUCAUCAGCUGCAGCAGCAACAUCAUCAUCAGCAGCUGCACACCCACCACCAGGAUGGCCACCACCCACACCCACACGCACACGCACACCCACCGACACCCACCACCGGCAAUAGCAACAACAAUAGCAGCAGCAACAGUAGCCACAACAGCAACAGCAACCACCGGGAACAGUUGGCGGCGGCCGCCACUGCGACGUCGCACGCGCAGCUCAUCGAGGCGGCAGCGGCGCAUUCCUCCCUCGACGUGGGCAAGUCCUUCACUAUCGCCGCCAUUUUGGGCCUGCAGAGCCAGCGCAAGGACUACAACAAUGCCAUCAAUCUCUCCCUGCACGACAACAACAACAUCGGCGACGACAACAACAACGCCAGCAGCAACAGUGCCAACAACAGCAGCCAGAGUGUAAACAACUUCAAUUGUGAUAGUGGCGCCGGCAAUGGCCGCUACCUGCACGGCGGACACCAGCAUCCGCAUCCGCAUCCUCACCAGGCGGGAUUUGCGGCCGUUGCCGCCGCCGUCGGAGCAGCUCCCUCCGCCCUGCAGAGCCUGCAGCAGCUCCACCAGCAACACCACGCCCAGCAACAGGCCACCCUGAGCUUUCAGCGGGAGAAACUCAAGUCGGACUCGCACAAGAAGAGCGCGCUGAAGAACAAGCGCGUGCGGACAAUCUUCACGCCGGAGCAGUUGGAGUGCCUGGAGGCGGAGUUCGAGCGCCAGCAGUACAUGGUCGGCCCGGAGCGCCUGUACUUGGCCCACACACUGAAGCUGACGGAGGCGCAGGUGAAGGUGUGGUUUCAGAACAGGCGGAUCAAGUGGCGCAAGCACCACCUGGAACUGACACAACAGCGGCUGGCGCUGAUUAGGCAAACUCAACUGCCAGGUACGUCGAUUCUGGGCAAUCAAGUGGCCGUGGCGGCAAACGCGGCCCAUUCUGCGUCCACGGAUCGCACAAACGGAUGCAGUGCAGCUUCGCCCAGCCUGCAGGAGGAGGACAACGAGGACAGCAAGCACUCGCUGUCGCUUUCAGGCGCACUGCCGCCGCUGAGUCGAGCGCAGUCCGAGUCGGAUCUGUCCAUCUGCAACGAUUCCCUGGACGGCGACAGCCUAAUGGACGGCAGCGAGGAGGCCUAA